UUUUCACCCGGACACAUAACAGUGUACAUUUUCUAGGGAACAACACAAGACUAGAAUUUGAAGCUCAUUAUAGAAUUUUGUAAGAUCAUACAUAAGGAAGAAGGAUAAACUUAAUAAAAGGGGGUUAAAUGGGAGAGAAUGUUCGCAAGCGCAAAUCUCCAUGGGAUGGGGAGGAAGAUGCUUUUCUUCAGGUUGAUGCUAAUGAUAAAACUGAGUGGACUGUAAGGCAUCAAAAUUGGCAGGAUACUGGUGAUCCGUGGAAGACUAAUCCCUCGGGCGAUCCAUGGAAGAAUAAUCCCUCUGGCGAUCCAUGGAAGAAUAAUCCCUCUGGCGAUCCAUGGAAGAAUAAUCCCUCUGGCGAUCCAUGGAAGAAGAAUCACUCUGGCGAUUCAUGGAAGAAUCACUCUGGCACUGACUUAUCACAAGAAAACAGUCUUCCCAAAGAUAGACAUAAGAUCCGCCAACAAGUUCCAGCCACUGAAGAAGUUGAUAAGAAAAAAGGCUUAAAUCAUAGCAUGUCUCCACGCUUUGGCCGGAAGGAACGGAAGCAAAGGGAAGAAAUUGGUAGGAACAUGAUGGAAAAGAAUCCACGAAAUAGCAAAACUGUUCGGGAUGGAGAUGAAAGAGCUUGUUCUCACGUGGAGACAAAAAAUGUUCGAACUGGAAAAGGGCAGUAUCCUAAUUGUCAGGAUAAUGGUGCUUCAAAAGCUGGCGAUUUGCGGAAGGAAACCUCUAGUUUUGAUUUAUCACAACCAAAUAAUCGUCCCCAAGAUAGACAUAGAUUCCACCAAUACGGGGAACGAGUUACAGAAACUAAAGAAGUCAAUAGGAAAAAUGACUUCUAUCGUAGCAUGUCUCCAAGUUUUGAUGGACGGCUGAAGAAAAGGAGUAGCUUGUCCCCUGACAACCAGCCAAUAGGAUCCCGCAGGUACCCUGCAAGAGAGAGGAGCAGGAGCAGGAGCAGGGGAAGGUGGGAAGACAUUAGCAGAAGCCCCAGUAGGAGAAGAGAGAGAGAUAGGCAUAAUAAGGUGCAGAAAAGGAGAAGUAGAAGCAGGAGCAGGGAUAGGGGCAUCAAUGUAAAGCCUCGAAGCAGGAGUCGCAGUCCUUGUAAUUAUAGAUGGAAUGGGUCUCAAGUAUCAUCAGAGAUCUGCAGAAGUUUUGCUACUGGGAAGUGUAGAAAAGGCAGCGAAUGCAGGUUCCUUCAUCCGGAUAACUCUAAGCACACAGAAAGACAUCAAUUAGAUGAUGAAUUGGUUGAAAGGUUGGGUAACCGAUUAGAGCACAAGCUCCCUGAUUCAUAUGAUGCAGACCGCGAUCAUAUAGGGAAACAAAACCAGGGUAUGAUCCCUUGCAAGAGUUUCAUCAAAGGUAAGUGUCGCUGGGGUGCAUCUUGCAAGUUUUCACAUUCGAGUGCUUCCUAUGAGAGUAGGGGCAAUAAGGAUGCACACCUUGAUUGUAUUCUGGAGGGUGAAUCAAAUAAAAAUAGCAAAUUCUCUCAUGAUGGCCCCACUCCCAUCCCUAGCCAUGUAGAAAGUAGACCAUCUGACUCCUUGGAUGGCUCAAAUAUGGAUAAUGCACAAAGAGACUCUAACCUUUCCCAAAUUGAUGCACACCCAAAAAGACCCAUCUCUUCCCCAAAUGGUAGAUAUGCAAACACUUAUGAAUCUGUUGUCAAUAGAUCGACUGACUGCGAAGAACAGAAUGCAACCUCCAUAGCUUCACUACCAUCCCAACAUUUAGAUGAAAGCUCUCAUGUUCACACACAGGAUAUAGUGCAAGACAUUUCAGCCUUCAAUCUCUCCAAGACAGCAAUAGUGUCUGAAAUCCCGUCUCAAACAUAUGUAAUGCCACGUACUUCUGAAGACAACAUCUUAUCCGGUUCUAAUGUGCCAAGUGAAAUAAAAAGUUCCAACAGUGAGCCUCAUCCCAUCACAUUGCCCGGAGAAAGAUACCAAGUUGGUGAAAGCAGGACUCCAUACCCUGAACCGUCAUUCAUCACUUUGGAUAAUCAGAAUUUACAUGCGAGGAAUCACCAAGAAGCUGAGCGUACAACAGAUACACCAGUUACUGAACUUCUUGGUGACGUUUCAUGCGAGUUGGAUGAACAUAAAACUGAAAUUCCUUCAGAACAACUGAACCAAUUACAACAAGUUGGUGGUUCAGGCGUGGCAUGCAGUGAGGAUCCACAGUUGAAGCAACCAGAGAAUGGAAAUGCAAACACAGUUAACAAGUUUGAUGAUGGCCAAAGAAUCAAGCAGUCUGAAAAUGUGGAAGCCCAUGGAAUGGUCGAAGGGGUAAACAGUCUCAAAGAUGAAAAGGCGAUACGUUUGUUUAAGAAUGCUCUUGUAGAGUUUGUUAAGGAGAUUCUAAAGCCCGCCUGGAAAGAAGGCCGGAUGAGCAAAGAAGAACACAAGACUAUUGUUAAGAAGGUUGUGGACAAGGUCACUAUUACAAUGCAAGGAGAUCAUGUCCCCAAGACCCAAGAUAAAAUUAGUCAGUAUCUGACACAUUCUAAACCUAAGAUCAACAAACUUGUACAGGCAUACGUGGAGAGAUGUCGAAGGGUGGGUAUUUGAAACUAAACCUCGGAUACGGUCUGGGAUUUUCGUGUCAAUAUUGGAACUGUGAUUCUUUUAAGAGUUUUUGGUUCUCCAGAGCGCGAGUCUGUGGAGUGAGAGUAUGCGCGUACUGUAUAUAUGUUGUUAUGAACUGUCUUUUUGGUUAAAACUUAUGUUCUAAAAGUAAAUUUUUGGCUUGUGA